AUGAGGUUGAGUUUUGCCGCCUUAUUAGUGGCUGUCCAGUCUGUCCGUCUCGACGAGCUGCAAAACCAGUUAAGUAACUGGCCUGCUGCAGACUCUGGGCCUUCAGACCAAGAUCUAAUCAAAAUUUCGCUCGACGAGCUUUACUCCAUUGGCAAUAAUACCAAGCUAAGCGAUUGUGACAAAUGCAAGCAUAGAUUGCUCUACGCCAAAUCCCUGGCCCUUGUCAAGCCCACGUUAAUUCCUUCAAUUUUCACCAAGUGGUGUAUCGGGACCAGUGCAUUGCAGAAAGAUAUGUGUUUGCGCAUUUUUGGUAGAACUACCGUUCAAAACUCAUAUGCAGGCUCUAACUUCGCCGACAUGGUGUCUUUGAUGGACCCAACUUCCUACGACGGCGACUAUUACUGUCACUACUCUGAGUCGGCAUGCAAUUAUGUCUCGCCGCCAGAAAUCGACGGGUCGGAACUCUGGGGAGGCAGCAAGCCGAAUGAGUACAAAUCUGCUCCCGAGGCCGGAAACGAGACGUUCUACGUGCUUCACAUGUCAGACUUCCACAUUGAGAACGAUUAUGUCGUCGGCGGAGAAGGUAACUGUUCUGUCAGUAUGUGCUGCACUCCUCAUUCAUUCAACAAAAACUCCGUUCCUCAGGACUAUGACAUCUCCGACAACUUGUUGCUACAGGAUGGUCCUGGAGAGGGCUGGUCGUUUUAUAAAUCGUCGUAUGUGGACAAUAUUUUCGAAAAGGGCCCCUAUGUUGGGUAUAACGAAUCAACCUGGUGGCCGGCAUCCAGCUUUGGCCACUACAAUUGUGAUGCUCCAGAGCUGCUAAUCAAUAGCACGUUGAAAGCAGCCACCAGUUUCAUGCAGCAGCUCAACCUGAGCUAUGAGUUUGCUAUAUUCACGGGCGACCUGGUCGACCACGAUGAGACGCAAUAUAUCACCUACGAGUCCACUUUGCUGGCAGAAGAGUCCACUUUCAGAGACGUUAAAUACCAGCUCGACGACAUUCCGAUGUUUGCUGUGCUUGGAAACCACGAUACAUUCCCUUAUGGACAGCUGGCGCAGGAGAAAUACGGCUUCUCCAACAAGUUCGAUUGGAACAAUGAACUGAUGGCCGAGCUCUGGAGAGACUAUGGUUGGAUCGAUUUUGACGAGGAGCAGCAGGUUCGUGAGCACUACACCGGCUUUAGUGUGAAGACUAAGCGCGGCCUAAAGAUCAUCGCUCUCAACUCCAACUCGUGGUACAUUUCCAACCUGUAUGCUUUCAUCAACAUAAGCCAGGACUACGACUCAUUUGGCCAGUUCCAAUUUUUGGUUGACGAGCUGCUCGACUCCGAAUCAAAGAGCGAAAGGGUCUGGCUGAUAAUGCACGUGCCGGCCGGAGCAGAUAUGCUUCCUGUUGCGUCUCAGGUGUUUGCACAAGUGGUCGAGAGAUUCUCGCCGUACACUAUUGCGGGAAUUUUUAACGGACACACGCACAGAGACGAGUUUAAGGUUCUGUACUCGGGCUUCAACGGAUCCAACGUGGACGCCCAAACCGCAGAAAACGCAAUUGCAAACACGUGGAUUGCUCCGUCCGUGACCUCUUGGAUUGGCCUGAAUCCUUCGUUUCGGUUUCUUGAGGUGGACUCCAAGACAUUUUCGGUGGUGAAUGCUUAUACCUACUAUUUCAACCUGAACGAAACUUUCACGAACAAUGGCACGGAGCCUGAAUGGCAGCUGGAGUACGACGCCCGAUCGGCUUACGGUGUGAACUGGCCGCAAUCUGCUCCGCUAAAUGCCACGUACUGGCACGAGGUGUCGCAGAAAAUUGGCAGCAGCAACUCGUCGCUUCAACAGUACGAGAACUUUGCGACCAGGUUCUCUCCGUACACUUACAAAUGCUCGGAGUCAGACAAUUGUGACACUUCUUAUUGUUAUGUCUCGACGUUUACAAUUGACCAGUUCGUCAAGUGCUGCGAGCACUUUGGACUUGAUUCAAAUAUUUGA